GUUCGACGUCGCAACACGGAAGUGCAAUGGCGGCGGCGGCGGGCGAUAGUGGGAGCGGGAGCGGCGUCGCCUCGUCCUCUGAGUCCGCGGCGCGUCGGAGGCUGCGGAUCUUGUCGGGUCACCUGCGCAGCGCUCCGGAGACGCACCUGUCGGCCGCUCUGUGUCGAGGACGAGCCGCUCCGCCGGUGUCGUCGGAGUCUCCCCCCAGCACCCUCCCCAAGAGACGGCAAGAAGUUUUGAAGUGGAAUGGCUGGGGAUACAAUGACUCAAAAUUCAUAUUCAACAAGAAGGGGCAAGCAGAAUUCACAGGAAAAAGGUACCGGCUAGGUGGUACAGUGUUGCCUCUUCUGAGAGAAUGGAUAGAGAAAAAUCUUGGAGGAAGUCUGGAACAUAAAAGUAUCCCUAGAGCAUCCUUAAAUAUUAGCGAUGUACCUCCGUCUGUUACAAAUGAAGAAUUCCUUCAGGACCUCAAAACCACAAACAUCUCAUAUUCUCAAGAUCCAGAAGACAGGAUAUUCAGAGCUCAUGGUCAUUGCCUACAUGAGCUAUUUUUACUCAGAGAAGGAAUGUUUAAACGAGUUCCUGACAUAGUUGUAUGGCCAGGCUGCCAUGACGACGUAGUUACAAUUAUUGAAUUAGCCUGCAAGCAUAAUGUUUGUGUUAUACCUUUCGGUGGUGGAACGAGUGUUUCUAGUGCUCUUGAGUGCCCGACUGAUGAGACUCGAACUAUUGUCUCGCUGGAUACCUCACAAAUGAAUCGAAUUCAUUGGGUGGAUGAGAAAAAUUUAACUGCUCAUGUUGAAGCCGGCAUUGUUGGACAAGAUUUAGAAAGACGGCUGGGUGAAAGUGGUUACUGUACAGGCCAUGAACCGGAUUCCAUGGAGUUCAGCACUCUUGGAGGAUGGGUGGCAACACGUGCAUCAGGCAUGAAGAAAAACAUUUAUGGAAACAUUGAAGACUUGGUAGUUCAUAUAAAAAUGGUAACCCCAAGAGGCGUAAUAGAGAAAAACUGUCAAGGACCGCGCAUGUCGACAGGACCCGACAUCCACCAUUUCAUUUUGGGAUCUGAAGGAACCCUUGGAGUAGUAACAGAAGUUACAAUAAAAAUCCGACCAGUCCCUGAAUACCAAAAGUAUGGAUCUGUAGUAUUUCCAAACUUCGAGAGAGGGGUGGCCUGUUUAAGAGAAGUGGCAAGGCAGAGAUGUGCUCCUGCAUCCAUUCGCCUUAUGGACAACCAACAGUUUCAGUUUGGACAUGCUCUUAAACCACAGGUUGCUUCCAUUUUUACAUCGCUUUUGGAUGGGCUGAAAAAAUUCUACAUCACAAAGUUUAAAGGAUUUGAUCCCAACCUCUUAUGUGUUGCCACCUUGCUUUUUGAGGGCAGCAGAGAGAAGGUUCUUCAGCACGAAAAGCAAGUUUACGAUAUUGCUGCAAAAUUUGGAGGUCUGGCAGCUGGAGAAGACAAUGGACAGAGAGGCUACAUGUUAACCUUUGUCAUCGCUUACCUUCGGGAUCUUGGUAUGGAUUAUUAUUUAAUAGGAGAAUCGUUUGAGACGUCUGCUCCUUGGGACAGGGUUUUAGACCUCUGCAGAAAUGUAAAAGAAAGAAUAGUAAAGGAAUGCAAGGAGAGAGGAGUUCAGUUCCCACCUUUUGCUACCUGUCGGGUGACACAAACCUAUGAUGCUGGUGCAUGUGUGUAUUUCUAUUUGGGCUUUAACUACAGAGGAAUAAGUGACCCUAUUCAUGUUUAUGAAGAAAUUGAGAGCGCAGCUAGAGAAGAAAUCCUUGCUAAUGGAGGGAGUUUGUCACAUCAUCAUGGAGUGGGCAAGUUACGAAAGCAGUGGCUGAAGGAAAGCAUCUCCGAUGUUGGCUUUGGAAUGCUGAGAUCCCUCAAACAAUAUGUGGAUCCCAGUAACAUCUUUGGAAACCGGAAUCUUUUAUAAACCUCUUUUAUGUUCCUAUUCAAAUGGCACACACAAAAAAAUUAAAUCGUUUUGAGUCUCACAACUGUCCCAGUAACCAAAUAUAGCAUGGACUCAAUUUAAAAACUUGCUUUUUCCAUCUUUAGUUCUUCAGUCAAACAGGUUUAUUUGGUUACUCAUAACAGGGACUAUACAAGCUCCUUCUAAAUGUUUAAGACACAACCAAAUGUACUAGGGGGUCAGUCGAUCUGAGAAUGAAGCUUUGGAUGACCUGUUUGGGCAAUUUCCUACUACUGUGUAUUUCCUUUAAGAAUAUCCACAGCUGACUCUGAUGUUUCUGUCAUAGGAGCCCCGCUUUAUCGAAAUAACACUCCUGGGACACGGGUGGAAGAUGGAGCUGUGUUAGGCUUGUCUAUUGAAAAGCAAAUGGCAAAGAACUUCAUUGUCUUUUCGUUCAUUUUUUUAUUUUAAAAACAGGUUUGUGCUGGGAGUGCCUUGCCGAUCUCCCCAUCGAGCGGUGCAGGAAAUGUCACCUAACAACGGAUAGGUCUAAUUUGCAUUUGUACUGCUUGAUAUCCAGAGCAAAACUUACUGACCCAGAAGAACCAAUGUUUCUUUUUGGCAUAUUGGCGGGGGAGGAUCCCUUUGCCGCAUAAAAUGUAGGGCCUUCAUAGUUUUCAUCCUGCUAAAAUAUCUGGAUUUAACUUACAAGGCACAUUCUCAGAAAAGCCUGUCAGUUUCAACCACCCUCCAGGAGUUUAGUGUCUCAGACAUUCCAAGUCGGAAACAAUUUGGGGAUUCAGUAGUCUUUUGAAUUACUAGCCAUAAACAUAAUCAGUUCUUCCACAUAAAUAAGAUGUUGAAAAAUACAAAGAGUAUUUGUGAGCAUUAAAAUGAAGCCUACCUUAAAAUGUGUAACUGUUCAUCGAUAUUCAUACAAGGAAGGAGUCAGUCUUUAAAACAAACUUGCUUCCUUUUAUGUUUUUAAAUGACGAUAUAGAAUGUUAGUUUAGUUUUGUCUGUCCCUUGGUUAGAUCCUACCCUGUGUUUUCAAAGUUAAGCACUUCUAAGUCCAACUGAUUUCAAUUAUGUAUUUUGCUCAUAGUAAAUAAUUGCUAUAAACAUUAUAUCGGGGGGGGGGGGGACAGAUUAGAUACAUUCUAUAUCUGAAGUAGUCUUAAACAUAUCUAAAUAUUACUUGAAUUGUAAACAAUUCACAGGUUAAUUUUUGCUAGCUACGAAUAGGAAAUUUUAAUGUGUAAAUUGCACCACACUAAUUCUUUGGAUUGGAUCCAAACUUCUCUUUCCACCAAUGGGAAGAAGUGAUGUUUGCCCAUCCUCCCUGCAGGGGUAGUCCAAGGAGUUCCCUGACACGAAUGGGACACAGUAGACAGAAGGAGAUGUUCCAUCCAUAGUUCUGUGGAUCCAACGCUUUAUUUUUAACCCGCCCAAUUUUUUACUGUCAAGCAGGUCAAAAGGCAUAUAUGGCCCAAAUCUUAGAUACUACUUUUAUACCCUAAAGAGCAUCUUUAAAAUGGACACUCACACUAUCCCAUCCCAACUGCUCGUGCUCCACUGAACUGAAAUCAAAAUCAUAACUGCAGUCCAGAAAACAUUUUUAUACUUGGUCCACAAGACAACACACAAGCCAUCAGUGUAUUUGUUCCAAGGAUUUUCUUUGCUGUAAGUAAGAGUUGACAGGCUGACAGAGCGUGCCCCUGUAAAAAGUUUGAUCAUGUACCACAUAUCCUUUUCAUCAGAGCUGGUCUGGUUUCUUAUUCAAACACGGGUAUUUAACGCUUGUUUUGUUUGAAAUCAAGUGUGUUCAUGUGCCUAAGGAGUACCAAAUUCUAAGAGUAAAAUAUGUGUUGGGCUGAGUUACCUUUUUAAUAGAAAGCAAGUAAAAAUUGGCUCCCUAAUUUUUACUCAUUCUGACCUAGUUUUUUGUUCACCCUGACCAAGUUUGUGCUUUUCCCAAAACAAGCAAGCUUGUUUACGGUGCUUAAUUUUUCUUACCAGUGGAGGUUUCCUAACAAUGUUUCCUAAUCUUUUGGUGGUGUUACUGGAAAUCGCACAGGAAGGCAGUACUUGGGAAGGCUGUAUUUUCAUUAAGUUAUAAAUAGCUAGAGUGUUCAGAUCAUGAAGUAUAAACUUGUGUCACAGUACUGUCAUAUUUAACAAAAGUAACUGUGUGGCUUGCAAAAGUGGACAGGCAUGAGGGGUAAGACACAGUGCCGAUUACUGAAAACAAAAUUGUCAACUGCUUUCCCUUUUGUCUAUUUUGCUAACUCUUAUGUUGGUUCCCCCCUCGGCAACAAUUUAACUGUUCAGAGCAUUAGCAAAGCGCCUGUAAAGCAUUGCCUGAGUUGAGUGCUAGCUCAAAACCCGAAAUGCUCAUUAAAAACAAUUGCAAAUUAACCAAA